CGAGCGGGGCGGGAGGGCGGCGGCCGCCAUGGCGCAGCAGCGGGUGCUGCCGCAGAGCAAGGAGACGCUGCUGCAGUCCUACAACAAGCGCCUCAAGGACGAUGUCAAGUCUAUCAUGGACAACUUCACUGAAAUCAUUAAGACGGCCAAGAUUGAGGAUGAAACUCAAGUCUCACGAGCAACCCAGGGUGAACAAGAUAACUAUGAGAUGCAUGUCAGAGCUGCAAACAUUGUCCGAGCUGGUGAGUCCCUGAUGAAACUUGUGUCUGACCUGAAGCAGUUCUUGAUCCUCAAUGAUUUCCCCUCUGUGAAUGAAGCUAUCAACCAGCGCAACCAGCAGCUGAGAAGCUUGCAGGAGGAAUGUGACAAAAAGUUGAUUGCGCUACGGGAUGAGAUCUCCAUUGACCUGUACGAGCUAGAAGAAGAAUAUUACUCUUCCAGGUACAAAUAGGGUAGUGGACAUCCACCUUACGACUUCAGCCCUUUUGGGGUAGUUAGUCCAGCAAACAAGUAGUCCUUAGAGUAUAGGUCUUGAGAAUGUUCCCAACAAAAUUUCACUCCUGUUUUUAAUUAGGCCAAACUUUUUCUGCAACUGAAGCAAAUGCCUUUUCCUUGUAGAUACCCUCCAGGGUAUAGAUGUCAUGGUGCAGGAAGUAUUCACAGCAUCCAACUCUAGGUGCCUGCUUUAGUCGGCUACUUUUGACAGGUGAUUUGCUCCCUUUGUAGUCACUGUGAAAGGAGAUGAAUUUCCUUGGGGGUGAAGGCUUCUGUCUGAGUAUCCCUCUGGAGGAGCCUCUAUUUCUCUCCUUAGAGAGAGUAGCUUGCUGACCUGAGUCCUAAUGUUUGAUGAGAUCACCACGUCUUCGUGGUGAGUUCUUUCACAAGUGACCUGGUUGCACAGUGCCUUUUCCCUUGCAGUCCACUGCCCCCAGCUGCCUGCAGGCCUGUCGGCGUGGACAUUAGAAAUGAGCAAAAAGGACUUGCUGUUUUAUUGAAUUACAAAGUAUUGUGAUAGGAUUUUUUAUGGAAUAUUGACUUAUUACUGAUUUGUUGAUGGGAUUUUUAAAUAUUUUAAAAAUUUACGUAGAAAACAGGCUUCAGAGAAUUCAGACACUUUAUUUUUUAAUUUUAUUUUCUGUCAUGCACUCCAGCACUUCUAGUGCCUGCAUGCACUCCAGCACUUCCAUCCACUUCUAGUGGAUGAUGCAGUAAAUGAAAGCACGAGAAAGCAAAUAAGAACCUGGUUAUUUUGGCUGCACUGUCCAAGCUAAGUGAAGUCAGUCCAGUAAUGCUGUGACUUCUAAACAGAAGCUUAACUUUUGGAAAUCUUAUUUAGAAUUUUAAUGACCAGGUUUUCUAUUUUUGCCUUUCCUUUCUUUCUAAAAAUGCUGAAUGCCCAUAACCCCAGCUAAGUCAACUAAAACCCUGGUUGCUCAAUAUCUUUGGAUAUCGUUAGGCCAUUAUUUAUGAGUAAUAUAUGUAUUUUAACAGUAAAAAGAUACCGAUAUGACAUAGCUUAAGAACUGCUACAACAUUGGAAGAAAACUAGAUGUAAAAGUUUACAGUUGUUUUUCAAACUUUACUUAGUUUUUCUGGGGUGGUGGCAAGGGAUCCUUGAAAUAUCUCAGAAAUGAAGAGUGAUGGUCGCAAACCCAAGCACCAGGCCCUGACAGGUCGGGGGUGCAUCCACUGCACAGGCUGCGUAGAGCACAGCAGGGAGCUGUAUGCAGAGCAAUGCGGUGUGGGAUGAGAGUGCCUCAUGUGUGCCAGACGUGCAUCUCACGCUGUCACCAGACUGCCGUCACCGUGUUGUCAGCACCUUUAACUUCUGGAUGUUUUGCUGAUUAAGGAAACCAAUUAAACUCAGACACCAGAGUGAAAAGAGUAGGUGUAUUUUA